ACGGUUUCUUUUUCUUUUAGUAAAGGAUAAAAAAGCUCUUUUGACAUUUACCUGUGCCUUCCAGUUUGUGCCAUUGUUUAACGCUCGGGCGCCGAUCUCGUCUCUCAAGCCUCAAGGAAUGAAAAGGAGCUUCCUAAUAACGAUGCUAAUUCCUAAGUAUUAAAAAGGUGAAUAAAAGGCAAUAAAGCUCUAAGUUGUUAAUUAAUGCGCACAACACCACGCAAGUGAACUGAAGAAAUCUUACGACAGAAUGCUUUUUGAGCCCUCGGCUCCCGCUUCUUUACUACUGGAAGGCAAAAAGAUUGUCGCGCGAGGAGCCGAACACGAGCGCCAUCUAUCGACCCAGCGACAGGAUGGCACGCCCGGCGUUCAUUAGUCCUUGAUUUUCCACAAAAGCAGGCGGUGCAGCCGACAAUUGCCACAGUUUCUUGUAGGUUUUCCUUCUCAUCCUUUCUUCAGUUUAUUCUUUCCUUCCUUGGAGUCUUAAAAUAGAAAUUAGGGCAAAGAGACGCUACUAUUAAUGGGAAAAAAUCCGUUUUGGAUUGAGCCCUCUGUCCGAAAGCAGCGUGCAGAUCUUUAAAACACCUGAUGAUCACCUCGAGCUUACACCAGCAAAUUAAAGUCUGGAGUCUGGAAAUACACUCCACUGGGUAUGCAAGAAGAAAAAGCCUUUGUGGUGCGACGAGAAAUGUAUCCCAAAAUGAUGAGGCUGGCGGGGGAAAAACUAGCCUUGGCCACAAGCAGGAAUCAGCCCUGAAUGGAUCACAGUCAACACAUCAAAGGACCCACUCACACUAACAUGGACCCUGUCUGGAAUCGCCAAUUGACUUAAACUGCAUAUCUUUGGGAUGUAGUAGAACAACUAGAGUACCCAGAGAGAAGCCUGCAGAGUCAUGGCAAAUACAACACAGGAGCCAUCAGAUUGAUGAAGCAAUGAAAAUCACCAGGACUACAAUUCUUGGCAUUGGAUGUCUUUUUAGAAUGGCCUGAUGGAAACAGAAAACCUUCUAGUGGAUUACUCUGGAACAAUGAAUUUCUCAAACUGCACACUUGAAUCCAGCUUUUCUUUACACUCAAAGUCAAUCACAGAGAAAAUGCUGCUAGCUCUUACAUUAGGAAUAAUUAUGUUUUUCACCACACUUUUAAACAGUGCUGUAAUAACAGCAAUUUGUAUUACCAAGAAAUUGCACCAGCCUGCCAAUUACUUGAUCUGCUCUUUGGCUGUGACUGACUUUCUGGUUGCCAUUCUGGUUAUGCCCUUAAGCAUUAUGUACAUCAUUAUGGAAACAUGGUCUCUGGGUUAUGUGAUUUGUGAAGCAUGGCUUAGUCUUGAUAUGACAUGCUGUACAUGCUCGAUUCUUCACUUGUGUGCUAUUGCUCUAGACAGAUAUUGGGCCAUCACAAAUGCAAUUGAAUAUGCCAGAAAGAGAACUGUGAAACGAGCAGCAGUCAUGAUCAUGACAGUUUGGACCAUAUCGAUAUUUAUUUCAGUGCCACCUUUGUUUUGGAGACACACUAAUGCAGAGAGCAAUUUUUCCCAAUGUAUAAUUGAACAUGACCACAUUGUUUAUACAAUUUAUUCAACAUUUGGGGCAUUUUAUAUCCCUCUGACGUUAAUUUUAAUACUGUAUUAUAGGAUUUAUCAUGCCGCGAAAAGCCUGUACCAGAAGCGUGGAUCCAGUAGACACCUCAGCAACAGAAGCAACGAUAGUCAAAACUCCUACACACACUGUAAGCUGACCCAGACGUUCUGCGUCACUGACAUCUCCACAUCAGAUCCCACUAUGGGCUUUGACAAAAUGAAUGUCAACAUUCGAAUCCCUCCGUUUGAGACUGAGAUGGAUAACGCAUGUGACAAGAACCAGAUCUCCAGCUCAAGGGAAAGAAAAGCAGCCCGUAUCCUGGGGCUUAUCUUGGGUGCCUUUGUAGUGUGCUGGAUGCCAUUCUUCAUGAAGGAGCUAUUUGUUGGACUGCAGAUUCUGACAGCCUCUCCUAGAGUCUCUGAUUUCCUCACUUGGCUUGGAUAUACCAACUCUCUCAUUAAUCCAUUGCUCUAUACAAGCUUUAAUGAAGACUUCAAAGUAGCUUUUAAAAGACUAGUGAAAUGCAAAGACCAUUUGUAAAUUCUGUAGAGGCUUUCAAGUUUUUUUUUGUUUUUUUUUUUUUAAUUUUUCUUUUUUCAAGCGAUCUGCAGCUGGAAUGUUCCAUAAAAUAGAAAUUGGAAAUUAUCAGUGUUCAAAAUAAAGGAAAAAAAUAACAUGAGCUAUAUUUUUGUUUCUUAUGUUUUAUAUCGAUGUUACAAAAGUGAUACUUACAGUGUUGGUUGCUUAGUGACACCUGAUAGAAAUUACCGUCUGCAUUUUUUUGAUAUUAGUCCUCAUUGUUUCAAAAACAUCUGUAUUGUAAGAGG